CUCGAGGAGCUGCAGCUUCCCGCAGAGGCCACGGUGGCGAUGGUGCCUGACGCCCCGUACCCCUUCCCCACCGUGGACGUGCCUGACCACGCCCACUACACCAUCGGAUCGGUCAUCCUCGCCAUCGGCAUCACCGGGAUGGUGGGAAACUUCCUGGUUAUCUACGCCUUCAGCAGGAGCCGCAGUUUGAGGACUCCUGCUAACAUGUUCAUCAUCAACUUGGCGAUCACAGACUUGUUGAUGUGCGUCACUCAGACUCCAAUCUUCUUCACCACCAGCAUGCACAGGAGAUGGAUCUUUGGAGAGAAGGCCUGUGAAAUCUACGCCUUCUGUGGCGCCCUCUUCGGGAUCUGCUCCAUGAUCACGCUCACCGUCAUCGCCAUCGACCGGUACUUCGUCAUCACGCGACCUCUGACCUCCAUUGGAGUGUUGUCACGGAAACGGGCCUUCCUCAUCCUGGUGGCGGCGUGGACGUACUCACUGGGCUGGAGUCUGCCGCCAUUCUUUGGAUGGAGCGCCUACGUCCCGGAGGGUCUCCUGACUUCCUGUACGUGGGACUACAUGACGUUCACCCCGUCGGUCCGAGCCUACACCAUGCUGCUCUUCAUCUUCGUCUUCUUCCUGCCGCUCUUCAUCAUCAUCUACUGCUACGUCUUCAUCUUCCGUGCCAUCCGUUCCACCAACCAGGCGGUGGGGAAGAUGAACGACAGCUCCCGGGACUCCGUUCGGAGUUUCCACCGGCUGCAGAACGAGUGGAAGAUGGCCAAGAUCGCUCUCAUCGUCAUCCUGCUCUACGUGGUCUCCUGGUCGCCGUAUUCCACCGUCGCCCUCACCGCCUUCGCUGGAUAUGCGGACAUGUUGACGCCCUACAUGAACUCUGUGCCGGCCGUCAUCGCCAAGGCCUCGGCCAUCCACAACCCCAUCAUCUACGCCAUCACACACCCAAAGUACAGGCUGGCGUUAGUGAAGUACGUCCCGUGUCUUGGCGCUCUGUUGUGUAUCCGUCCUCAUGACCUGCGCUCGGCCAGCAGCAGCUUCGUGUCCACUCGUCGCUCCACCGUCACCAGCCAGACGUCUGACAUCAGCGGACAGUUCGGGCGCCACGGCACCGGAAAGUCCCGCCUCUCCUCCAUCUCUGACAGCGAAUCAGGCUUGACGGACACCGAGGCCGAUCUGCCCAGCCUGAGCUCCCGGCCGGCCAGCCGCCAGGUGAGCUGCGACAUCAGCCGAGACACGGCCGAGCUGGCUGACUUCAAGCCCACAUCCAGCUUCAAGGCCAAGAUGAAAAGCCACGACUCGGGGAUCUUCGAGAAGUCGUCCUUUGACUUGGACAUGUCGAUUGGCGGAGUCAGUGACCGGAGCAGCAUCAGCAAUUGCGGCGACCCCUUGGAGGGUCACGUGGCGCGUGGCGCCAUCGGACGCAUCCCGAGCAUCGUCAUCACGUCGGAGUCGAGUCCCUUCCUGCCCGUCGGACGCCGCGGUUCGCGCUCUACCCGGGCCAAGACAGCCAAUAGCAGUGGGGCAGGGGUGGGGUCAGGCUGA